UUCAUCAAAAUUGCUCUCUCCACUGAAACUUGACAAUCGAAUCUGACGGUCCCUGUUUUGCCACCAACUGCCUCCGUAACUUGCUUACUUGACAGAAACUGAAACACUACAUUUUCUUAAAAAAAUUAAAAAACCCACAAACCGAACAGAAAUAAUCUCAUUCUAGGGACUUCAUUGCUGGUUUCUGCAACAACCCAACAUGUUGGUGCCUGGCUUUCAAGCUGUGCAAUUUCAUGUUGCAGUGGAUCCUGGGGGUGGUCAUGAUGCAGAUGUUCGCCUUGAGGAAAAUGAUAAUGACAUUCGUGAUAUGGAGUUUAACAAUACUUCUGGUAAAGAGAAAAGGCUAGAUAAUGUGGAUUCCAAUCAAACUACUGACAUUCAGCUUGAGGAAAAUGAUAAUGAUGCUCAAGAUGAGGAGUUAAAUAAUUCAACUGAUAAUGAACUUCAGCGAAGUAAUGAUGGCACAAUGAGUGGAAGUUCAGCUGAAAUCAUCUGUCAGCAUGACAAAAAUGAUAAAUUGACUCCAAGUUCUUCUGCAGUGCAGUUAGCUGCAGUUGAUGGAGACGAACCAUUUGUGGGACAGGAAUUUGAAUCGGAAGCUGCUGCCCAAGCAUUCUAUAGUGCUUAUGGAAUGCGUCUGGGAUUCAUUACCCGCAUACAUUAUAAUACUCGUUCUAAACGUGAUGGAUCAGUUAUUUCUCGAGCCAUUGUAUGUAAUAAAGAGGGUUACCGAAAACCUUCUAGGCAUGAAGUGAAGAAUUUAAGGGCACGGGCUCCCACUAGGGUUGGUUGCAAAGCAAUGCUUUCAGUGAGGAAAGUGCCCUCUGGAAACUGGGUUGUUACAAAGUUUGUGAAGGAACACACUCAUGUAUUGGCCAGUGACCAGGCUCAGAAGACAGUUCUUUGUAAUCAGAUAGCAGUCGAAGACAUGAGAGUUCAAGAGCUAACCCAGGAGUUGUUGGUUGAGAAGAAGCGAUCUACAUCGCUCAAAAGAUGCAUUAACCUUCUUUUUAAUCACAUUGAGGAGCACACCCAGGGCCUCUCUAAAAGGAUUCAGUACAUAGUAGACAGUGUUAAUAUGAUUGAAUCCGAAGGGAAAGCUCAACAGAUUGUGUGAUAGUUUCACCACUGUAAUGCAAAAUAUGAGCCAACCCUUUGGCAAGGUGUUUGUGUAUUUGGUACAUUCGACGCAGCAAUAGCCUGAUCAUACCAGUUGCUGCAGAUAAAUGAUUUAUCGAGCAGCCCUGCCGGUGUAGUACUAGAAAACAAAGAGGCAAAGCCAAAGUGUGCAAUAUAAUGAUAUAGGUAGUUGUGUAGGAAGUCAGUAUUCUUCCCUUGGCAUGAAACUGAGAAUUGAUAAACGUUAAUGCUGGUCAAAUCAAAGUAUGCUAUUUUGAAUGAAAUUUAGGUGUUACAUUUAUUUGGAACAAU